ACAUGGUCUUAUUCACUUUCUAGAUAUGGAAAUCAUCCCAUACAGACUUUAUACUGUUCCCCUGUUCUGCCUCUUGUUCCUGGGUCAUUUUGUCUCGGGUCAGCUUGAUUACAAUUUCUAUGACCACUCUUGUCCUAACCUGACAGGGAUUGUUCGAAAUGGUGUUGCAUCAGCUGUUGCGAAGGAGACUAGGAUGGCUGCCUCUCUUUUGCGCUUACACUUCCAUGAUUGUUUUGUCAAUGGUUGUGAUGCGUCCAUAUUACUGGAUGAAUCCAGUGCAUUUAAGGGGGAGAAAAAUGCAUUACCUAAUCGAAAUUCGGUUAGAGGUUUUGAGGUCAUUGAUGCAAUCAAGGCUGAUGUGGAGAGAGCUUGCCCAUCCACUGUUUCUUGUGCUGAUAUACUGACUCUUGCAGUUAGAGAGGCUAUUUAUCUUGUUGGAGGGCCUUUUUGGCUUGUAGCCAUGGGUCGUCGAGAUGGCCUAACAGCCAAUGAGACUGCGGCCAAUGAGCAGCUCCCAUCUCCUAUCGAGCCCUUAGAAAAUAUCACUGCAAAAUUUACUUCCAAGGGUCUUACAUUGAAGGAUGUGGUUGUGCUCUCAGGCGCACACACUAUUGGCUUUGCUCAAUGCUUCACAUUCAAAUCAAGGCUAUUCAACUUCGAUAACACUGGUAAUCCUGAUCCAACACUAGAUGCAUCACUCCUGCAGAGCUUGCAGCAAAUUUGCCCAAAUCAAGCUGAUUCCAACACCAACUUGGCUCCUUUAGAUUCAGUUACUACCAACAAGUUUGAUAAUGUUUACUAUAGGAACCUUGUGAACAACUCUGGACUUCUUCAGUCAGACCAAGCUCUCAUGGGGGACAACAGAACUGCUCCCAUGGUUAUGUUGUACAACAGGCUUCCCUAUCUUUUUGCCUCAGCUUUCAAAACAUCAAUGGUGAAGAUGAGCUACAUUGGUGUACUUACUGGACAUGAUGGAGAGAUAAGGAAAAACUGUAGAGUGGUGAACUAGAUAUAUACCUACGCAUGUAAUAUGAAAGAAAUGGCAUCCAGGGCUUAAUUUGAGAAUCAAAUGCAGCUUUGUAACA